AUAGGAUUUUUUAAAAAAACAUGACUAACAUGUUGCCUACUUCCUGGUGUUUAUGCUGACAGGUUGUACUAUUGGUUCGAUUAAUACACGGGAAUGGACGUUUUAAUGAUCAUUUUCUUUGUAGAAAUAUUAUGUUCAUAUGGAUAUGACGAUUUAUCAAAAGGCCAGAACGCAAACCAAUUUCCGAUUUGGUCUUGCGAACCUUCGUCUAUAUGUGCAGCAAACAAUGCAGUUGACAGAAUCUACAGUACAUGUAUGACGACAAAUAAAAUUGGUCUUAACUCCCCGGAGAAGACAACAUGGUGGUUUGUGAAUCUUGGUGAUGUUUACAGCAUAUACAGUGUCCGAAUACUGUUUAAAGAGCAUGGACCCACAUACGUGAUACGACAAAGAGGUCGUUUUGCAGGAUUUUCCAUUUAUUUAUUUAUGCCUUUAACCAAGAGAGAUGAGUUCCUCUGCCAUAAAGAUGAACCACCUGGCCUCCCUCCGUUAGACUUUAACACAACCUGUAUUGGAUACAGUCAAUACGUCAUGUUUUACAACGAGAGGUUGGAUGGAGUUACUUAUGAUGGAUACGAAAAUCCAACUUUUCCUCAAUUAUGUGAAGUAAUCGUAGAGGGUUGUAAGAAGCCGGGUGUUUAUGGGAGUAAUUGUAACUUGACAUGUCCGGUCAGUUGUAAGGAACAGCGAUGUAACAUCGUCAAUGGGACGUGUUUUGAAUGUCUGCCUGGAUGGAUGGGAACAUUUUGUGAAAAUAAAUGCCCUGUUCGGUGGUAUGGCGAUAGCUGUCAAUUCCAGUGUGUGGGACACUGUAAAGAAAAUGUCUCAUGCAAUCCUGUGACCGGUCAGUGUAAUAAUGGCUGCGCUGAAGGAUGGACAAGUGCCCAGUGUGAAAUACAAUGUAAAACUGGAAUGUAUGGUCCGAACUGUAUCUACAACUGUAGUGGUCAUUGCCUUAAUGAUGUCAUCUGUAACAGAGAGACUGGAUAUUGUGACACUGGGUGUAAGUCAGGAUAUACAGGACGAUAUUGUAAUAUGUCUUGUUCUCCCGGAUACUUUGGAAACUUAUGUAAGAAAACAUGCAGUAAUCACUGUUUACACAGCAUAAUUUGUCGGCACACAGAUGGGAAAUGUGUAGAUGGGUGUGCUGAUGGAUACAUAGGGGAGAGGUGUAACACAUCGUGUGAAAAUGGCCGUUUUGGUACAAAUUGUUCUAAUGUCUGCUCAGAGAAAUGUAUCGAUGUAUGUCGACACACUGACGGGGUUUGUAACUGUUCUCCCGGUUACAUGGGAUUCAGUUGUAUCAAAGAAUGUGAUGGUUUCUAUGGAAUAAACUGUCAACAUGAAUGUAGCAACAACUGUAUCAAUAAGACGUGUGAUAAAAUCAAUGGAAUCUGUACAGCAGGAUGCAAGGAGUCUUUUCGAGGCACAAAAUGUGAUCAAGGUGAGGAUUCUAACCGUUCCUUGUCGAUAGGCCUGGCGAUUUCAAUUGCUAUGAACAUUAUUGCUAUAAUAGCAAUUGUAGUCUGCAUAGUUUUAUCAAGACAAGGUUAUCUGACUCUGAAAGCAAAGAGGAAACAAGCUAUACAAAGUCACAGCCAUGAAAGUACAGACAAAACUCCGGAUGUAACAGUGGAAAACAACGCAUCUACUUAUCUUGAAUUAAAUAUAUCGGGAAACAACGAUACAUACCAGGAACUAAGUGUGACUGUAACCGGAAGUGAAUACCAAAAUCUUGCAUUAAGCUGAAUAGAACACUCCUGCAGUCGUGAUUUCAUGAGUGAUGUUCUGAAGAUGUGUGCAGUUAGAAUAUACUCUAAAAAGUUUUAAUUUGACUUUGACCUAAUAACGUCCCAUUUUCUAAUUAAUCUAAUUCAACACAUCAUGUUGUACAUUGAUUUCAAAAUUCAAUUUCAUAUAAUUUUCUUUCGUUUGAUAAUUAUCAAUACAUGUAUAAAGAAAUAUAUUGUUCAUACUGUAAAAUUGGCUUUUGAAAUAAAAGUCAUAAUCUAGUAUU